AUGUGCGCGCCUAGACCGUCGUGCGGAUGGUGUAAAGCACACCAUUCUUCAGUCCAUGGCCUCAGCCCGCGCGAUGCAGCUCUUACCCUGCUUCCAGUCCAUCUGCUUGACGCGGGCUCGACAGAUUCAGCAUCAGCGUUCCCAACUUGUGCAGACCCUACAGCAGUACGCCCAGGAGCUCAUGUCAAACAAGUCAUUACCGUUUACAUCCGGCGUGCAGGAUGGAGUGGGCAGGCGCAACGCCCAUCACGAGGCCCGCUCCUGCUCCAAUUUGAAGGUGGUUUGGGGGGCCGUGGAGGCCGAGAUGAAGCGAGAGCCUGCGUAUUACCAGGUCCCACUGUGUCCUUCAACCGAAGCCUUGGAGACCUUUGCCACCGAGGCGGUGGGUAA